AUGAAUCAUUGUCAUUGGAAUGAAUCGGAAUCAAUAUUAACAAUUAUAAAUGGAGAGAAGGAUGAAGAAGAAGGAUCAUUACCACUAAGAGAUAACUCGGUGACUGGAAAUACAUCAUCACACAUCAUUACAUUUGAUAUUCCUGAUAGUUGUUACUUCUCGAGUACCAUGUAUCAAUAUAACUCCAAGUUCUAUGCUGGACUCUUUGAUGGCUCUGGUACUUGUCCAUCAUUUAUAUUUGAAGUGGAUAUUGUUGCAAACACCUCAACAUUAAUAGCCACCAUCCAAAAAGAUGACGCUUCUCCAUUCGACUCCUACAUUUAUUUUGUAUUCGAUAAUGUCAAUGGGUAUCUAGCAUUGGUUGCAACGAAUGCUCUUGAUUAUAAAAAGCUCGAUAUUUGUAUGAUGGAUAACAACAACAACGAUAUUUAUUGGAUGGAAAGUCACACCUCGCCAUACACUCCAUUAUGUUAUUAUGUAAAAUAUGCACAGCUGGAUAUGAUCAAAUUAUUCCUUCAAACUGCCACCAACCAAGAAAUGUCAAGUGAAAUGACAAACUCUGCAAUUUUAACGAGUGAUUUGGCUAGUCAUAAUAGAAUAAUAUACCAAAAGCCAUGGUAA